AUCUGUUUCAUACUCAGUAUCAAUAAAUUUCGUAAAAAAACAAAAAGAAAAUUAGCUCUGUUCUCAACUUCUCUUAAUAGUAUUACUCGUAGUGAUCUGUUUGCUUCAAGCUAGACUACAUUCAUUGAGGGUUUGCUCUUAAAAACUUUUGACUUUGAUACUUGUUUGUUGUGUGUCUCUUUUUUUUCCCAGUUUGUUUAUUAAGCUUUUCUCUAAAUUAUUUUGUUAUAUAAUAUUGUCCACUUCUUUUUCUUUCAUUUCCCUUGCCUGCUAAUUAACCUUUAAUUGUAGCUUUACUUGAAAAGAUUAAAAAAAAAAAAAAAACAGAGAGAGUGUGUGUGUGUCUGUACAAGUAUUUAUCGGCCAUGGCUGAGGAAAUAGUAGCGAGUGCUGCCGCGGAACUUGCAUCAAAAGCUACAGAGUCGGCCUAUGAUUUGCUUAAACAGCAGAUAUCGUAUGUGUUCAAGUCCCAGAGCUACAUCAACAACCUCAAGAAUCAAGUUCAGGAGCUCAGAACGAAAAAAGAAAGAGUGGAGAAAUCUGUAGAUUCCGCUGAAAGACAGGGGGAAGAGAUUCAUAACGAUGUUAACAAUUGGCUGCGUGCUGCGGAUGAUUUCACUGAAAGGGAAGCAAAAGCCAUCAUUGAGGAUGGAGAUCAAGCAAACAAGGGCAGCUGUUUAAAACUGAAGUCUUGUCCUAAUUUGAUUCAACGUUACAAGCUUGGAAAGGAAGCAGUGAAAGCGGCAGUGACUGGGGCCAAUCUGUUGGGGAAAGGCAACUUCAGUAGUGUUUCCUAUCGUCCUGCUCUACAGAGGACAGAAUCCAUGUAUGUCAGAGGCUACGAGGCCUUUGAUUCUAGAGAGCAAGUUUUGCAAGAAAUUAUGGACACAUUGAAGGAUGGUAAUGUUAGCAUAAUUGGGGUGUAUGGGAUGGGAGGUGUGGGCAAAACUACACUGGUAAAAAAAAUAGCUUGGCAGGUGAAGGAAGACAAGUUAUUUCAUGAGGUGGCCAUUGCUGAGGUAACACCAACCCCAGACAACAAAAAAAUUCAAGAAAAACUUGCUUUUGAUUUAGGCUUGGAAUUUAGGCAGGAGAAUGAAUAUGAGAGAGCUGGUCUACUGCGCAAGAGGAUAAAGAAGGAGAAGAAUUUACUUAUAAUACUGGAUAAUAUUUGGACAAAACUUGACUUUGAUGCAAUUGGAAUUCCUCUUGGGGAUGCUGAGAAAGAAAGAAAAGAUGAUAAUAUCAAGCCAUGCACAAUAUUGUUAACUUCUAGAAAGCAGGAUGUAUUAAGGAAAGAUAUGAACACUCAGAAGAACAUCCUUGUUGAUACUUUAUCUUACGAUGACGCAUGGAAAUUGUUUCGGAAGAUUGUGGGUAACUCUGCAGAAAGCUCUGAUUUUCGUCCUCUAGCAGUUGAGUUUGUUACAAAAUGUUCAGGUUUACCAAUUGCAAUCUCAACAAUUGCAAGUACAUUGAAAAAUGAGAGUCCUCACGUUUGGAAGGAUGCCUUGGCUCAACUUAAAAGGUCUAAUCCAAGACAUAUUCUAGAUAUGGAAGAAAGUGUGUGUUCUACUAUUGAGCUGAGUUACAAAUUUCUGAAAAAUGAGGAAGCUAAAUCACUAUGUCUUCUUUUUGCUCUAAUAGAGGCUGGUGAUACCUAUUCCAUUGGUGACCUAUUAAAAUAUAGUAUGGGUUUGAAUUUGUUUGGAGGUGUUUAUACAUUAGAAGAAGGAAGGAAUAGAUUGCACGAGUUGAUCGAUCGUCUCAAAGCUUCUUGUUUGUUGUUGGAUGGUGACAAUGACCAUAGAAUUAAAAUGCAUGAUAUUAUUUAUCUUGUUGCUGUAUCGAUUGCAUCAACAGAGAAAUUCAUGUUUAAUAUUCAAAAUGUCACCAGCUUGAAAGAAGAACUUGGGGAGCAUAUAUCAAAAGAUUCAACUGCUAUUUCUCUUCCCUAUAUAGAUAUUUAUGACGGGCUUCCUCAACGGCUAGAAUUUCCAAAACUGAAGUUGUUCUUCCAGUUUACGAACAAUCCCUCACUACAAAUCCCCAAUGAUUUUUUCGAAGAAACGAAAGAACUCAGAGUUUUAGAUCUUACUGGAUUUCAAUUCUUUUCAUUGCCUUCAUCCCUUUCUUGCCUAAAAAAUCUUAAAACAUUGUGUUUAGACGACUGCCUGCUGAAGGAUUUAAGAAUUUUGGGAGAGCUAAGUAAAUUAGAAAUUCUUAGCUUCGCAAACUCUGAUAUUGAACAAUUACCCGCAGAAAUUGGACAAUUGACCCGAUUGAAAUUAUUAGAUUUGAGCAAUUGUUUAAACCUUAAAUACAUUGCACCAAAUAUCAUCCCCUGCUUGUCUCAAUUAGAAGAAUUAUAUAUGGGCAACAACUUCGUUCAAUGGGAACUUGAAGGAGUGGAUAAUCAAGGACGAAGAAAUGCUAGUCUUGAAGAGUUAAAGCAAUUGUCUAACCUAACAGCUUUACAUCUUCAUGUUCAGGAUGAUCGAGUUAUGCCACAAGAUUUGUUCUUCAAGAAAUUGGAAAGUUAUAAAAUAGUUAUAGGCAAUAAAUGGAAAUGGUCUGGUAAAUGUGACCUUUCAACUUCGAAAACAUUGAAACUCAAGAUCAGUGAUAGAAUUUAUUUGAGGGGUGGAAUUAAAAGUUUGUUGAAGAUAACUGAAUAUCUCUCUCUGGAAAAAAUGAAGGGUUUUAGAAAUGUUCUUUAUGAACUCGAUGUGGAUGGUUUACCACAUUUGAAGCAUCUGGAUGUAAAAGAUGGUCCUGAGAUUUUAUAUAUCAUUAACUCAGUUGCUUGGAAACCAGCCUUUCCCGAGUUGGAGUCGUUGAUACUUUGCAAUUUGAUUAAAUUAGAGAAGAUAUGUUAUGGUCAACUCAAUGCAGAGUCUUUUAGCAAAUUAAGGAUUAUAAAAAUAGAAAAAUGUGAUAGAUUGGAGUAUCUCUUUGCAUCCUUCAUUGCAAAAAGCCUUAUACAGCUACAGGAAAUUGAAGUGACUGGCUGUAAGAACCUAAAAGAACUUUUUGGUGAAGAAAGUGAUGAUCAUGGUGAUGAAAUUGAGACGAAUAAUAAGACAGAGUUCAAUCAAUUAUGCUCUUUGACACUACAACGCUUACCCAAAUUCAUUAAUAUCAGCUCUACCAUGACGGUAUGUUUUCCAUUUUCCAUUUUUUAUUUUCUUUUGAUGUAA